CUGCUCUUUCACCGCUGCUAUCAUUGUGUUCAUUGACAAUGUUACCCGCUAGCUUCCAGGGGACAUCCGCUCCGGCCGGGCAGCAAUGGGACGACUGCGAUUUUCAUUCCAAACAAAUCGAUUCGAAGCUUGGAAUGAGCGUCAAACGUUGAAUAAUUGGUAGUUUUAGUGUUUUAAAUUCCUUUAUGGUUUAUUUCGGCCCUGGUUGUGAAGCGAAAUCGUCCGGGGUGGAACUUGGCUGACUUGUUCGUCUCGGGGAAGGAAGUUUGUUGUGGCGAAGGAAGCGUAGGAAACCGGGAGGGCCGAAACAUCCCGUCAUGAUGGAGGACUUCGGCUCGGCUCUGGAGAAGAACGUCGCCGACCUCACGGUGAUGGACGUCUACGACAUCGCGGCGGUGGUGGGCCAGGAGUUCGAGCGGAUCAUAGAUCAGUACGGCUGCGAGGCUCUGUCCCGGCUGAUGCCCAAAGUGGUGCGGGUGCUUGAGAUCCUGGAGGUGAUGGUGAGCCGCAGCAGCAUGAGCCCGGACAUCGAGGAGCUGCGGCUGGAGCUGGACAGGUUGCGGCUGGAGCGGAUAGACCGGCUGGAGAAGGAGAAGAAGCACAGACAGGAGUUGGAGCGGGUGGAGGACGUGUGGCGGGGAGAGGCCCAGGACCUCCUGUCCCAGAUCGCUCAGCUGCAGGAGGAGAACAAGAACCUCCUGUCCAACAUGUCCCUCAAAGACUCUGUGAACGAGGAGGACCUGCAGAGGCACGAGGGGAUGACGGAGAGGGAGAAGCAGGUGAUGAUGAAGCUGAAGGAGGUGGUGGACAAGCAGAGGGAUGAGAUUCGAGCGAAGGACCGCGAGCUAACGCUGAAAAACGAGGACGUAGAAGCACUCCAGCAGCAGCAGUCUCGCCUCAUGAAAAUCAACCACGACCUGCGGCACAAGAUCUCCGUGGUGGAGGCUCAGGGCAAAGCGCUGAUCGGGCAGAAGGUGGAGCUGGAGGCCGGCGCCCAGGCACAGGCGCAGGAAGUCUGCGCCCUGCGGCAGGAAGUGACGCGCCUACGGGAGCGUCUCCACGGAGAGCCGACGGCGCAGAGCCCCGAGGAGCUCCUGGUGCCUCAGCCGCCGUCACCGGCAGAGCGGGAUAAGAGCGCCGCAGUGGUUUUGAGCGCUGAGGGUUGGUCAGACAGACCGGGCGCCUGCCGGCUGACGGCGGGGGGCUUUGAGCCGCCUCCGCAGACCCAUACUUCCUUCCUCAGCUCAGAAGGACAUGAAGAUGAGGAGGAAGCUGCGUGGCUUUGGGAGGCGAUGUGUGACGAGGACAUGCCUGGUGUGUUCCAAUAUUUCACCAAGGAGGCGAUGUGCGAGGAGGAGUCGGGCGGAGUGGACCCGAAGGACCCCAACCGGCCCCGCUUCACGCUGCAGGAGCUGAGGGACGUCUUGCACGAGAGGAAUGAGCUGAAGGCCAAAGUGUUUCUACUGCAGGAAGAGCUGACGUACUACAAGAGUGAUGAAGUAGACGAUGACAUCGCAACUCCUUCUCCGUCUCCCUCCCCUGAGCUGAGGACCCGCUCUCGGUCGUCCGCCCAGCCCGAAUCGGGAAUCAAGCGACUGUUUAGCUUCUUUUCACGUGACAAGCAGCGCGGCGCACAGCGGGGAGCGCCAAUUGACGCCGGAGGCGGCUUCAGGUCCUGGAUGCAAAAAGACGACGUGUACACAGAACAAGCCCAGGAGGCUCUGCAGCAUCUGUAGGAUGCAAGAAUACACUCCACUCCUCCCCACGCACAUCAAACUACCGCUACAGACUCAUUCUGUGCUUCAACCUGAGGGGCCUCGCAAGAAACAAGAGGAUCUUUUCGGAGAAAUGCAUCAAGAGGUUUAUUUAAAUAAGAGACGAUACGUUGUCAGUUUAGAGACUGUGCAGCUUUGAAACGCCAGACAGUGUUUUAGUUUUCCAGGAAUCGUUUCCACAGGAGGUGGUAGACCCACGUUGAAGGAUGGAGAGGCUGGAUGUUGACGAGAAGACGAGACGGGAGUGUCAAGCAAAUUUAUUUCGACUGAAAAAAGGAAGUUCUCUACAUUUUUAUUUUUUAUCAGUAGAAGGUGAAGCUGCGAGGGAAAAUUUGACACCGUUUAGUUUUACAGUAUUUUAACGUUUCCAGCCACUUUGGUCCCGACAUGUGAUCACCACCAGCAUUUAGGGACUUCUGAGCGGCUCCACAGAUCAACUCUGCGUCUAAUCAUGAUUUAAAUACUGGAGAUACUGGAGGCCAUUUCUUCAAAGAAAACAGCGUGAAUGAGUAAAGUUGAGGCCAUGUCAAAACAGUAAACUGAAACUCAAACAAAUGACAAAAAUGGCAAACUUUGGCUUUAUGCCAUGAUUGAGAUAAUUAUAAUAUUAUACCAUGGACGUCUUCAGCUUUCUUUUAGCAUAAGAAAUUAAAUUCAGGAGAUCUUAUCUCAUUAAGUUACGUUAAGCAACCUCCCUAGUUCUUAUUAUAAGGCCUAAAUACAUGCCUUAUCCCUGAGUCAGCAGAUUUUUUACAUUAAAAUCUUGUCAUUUAUACAUAAUGGUAACAAUAUUUUAGUAAAACAAAGAGGACAAGGGUUUUCAAAUCAUUGUAGAGCCAAAAACAUUAAUAGGGUUUGUGUGAUUGCCCUAUUAAAAACAAACACAUAAGGUUGACACUUUUGUGGGAGUGUUUUCUAUUUUCUCGUCUAUUUUCAGUAAUAAGAGUGGAUUUGGGUUUCUCCCUAAAAAAUAUAGCUUUCAAAUCAACCACUGUAGCUUUGUCAUAGAAUUACAGUAUAAUAAUUAAUAAUUUUGAAAUCGCUUAUGUAGCUUCUAUGCGAUAUUUAACAUAAAAAUUUUGUGAUGUCGGAUUUUCUUGGCAGAAAUGGGAUUCCGUAGAAAAUGUUAUUCUUUUUGUUUUGACUCAUUAUGAAAUGAACCAUUUUCUCCAUCAACUAGCAAUACUUUUCUACCAGUUGUAUCUGAAUGUAUAAAAUAAUCCUCCACUUAUAUACUUCUGCAACUCUAACGAUGCCAAAUCAGCCCCGGCGUUUGGUGCCAAACUUUGAAAACCGAAACUAAAGUCGGCUUUAGUUUCGCCGACUUAACCAAAACAUUUUGUUUUACAUCCGCUUUAUUUCAUGAUUUCAUGCAGAUGUUUCUCUGUGUUACAUUACGUUUAUACAAGUCAUGGGAAAAAAUAUAUGGAAAGGUGUGUUUAAUGAAAAAAAAGCUCAAAUUUACAAAGUUGUAGACCACGUAAUACAGAGCAAACACCAUGUUGCUGUCCUCUGAAUGGAUCAUUUUCAGCUUGGCAAUGAAGACAUCAGGAAAGUCGCACAGGAGAUAAAAUAUUUUGGAUGAGAAGGAUGCAGUUUUUAUUUCAUUUUAUAUUUUUUUUUAUGUUUUUACAGUUUGUGCUUCAUUCGCUGCAGUGAGAUAAGCUGUGUGUUUUAAUAGUGACAGCACUUUAUCCUUAUUUACGCUCCUCAGAGAGCCGGAAUAAAUUAUUGUAAAAGGACAAGAAUGCUAUAUAGCAAGAACACGAUGAUAAAGGCAAGUGUGUUUGUGUGUGUGUGCAAUUAAGCAAUUUCUCUCUUUUUCUCUCACAUAAUUAAGCCUGGAAGGACAAUAACACAGAAUUAAAGGGAAGUCCAGACAAAGCAGCUCAAUAUUUCUCUUCUAUCAUGUCUGCACUCUGACAGGCAGAUGUAACAAAAGCAUCAUGGCUCCAGUUCAAACCUGUUUCUUUAGUAAUUAAAGUCAUUAACAUGAAAA